UCACUUGCCUUCAACAUGCUCAUAUUUACUGCCUUGUUUCCCACCGCAUACCCAAAACUUCUAACAAAUAUUAAAGCAUCUGCUUUGCUGAGCCCUCCAAGCUUUGGUCAGCGUGAAGAGCAGCUCUUUAUUCACCCCCGUAAUGGCCGAGAGCUGAGCUGGGAGCUCUACCUGUGCUGUGACGCACUGCGAAACGCUGGCAGACACCGCGUUGCUCUGCGGGGCGAGCGAUGGGCAGCGGUGCGUGUGUGGGGUGCGAGGCGGCUCCUCCCGCCCGCUCGUCUCGGAGCUGUCCAUGAUCUCAUCGGCAGCCCGGCCUCCUCCUCCUCCACCGCCUCCUCCUCUUUCUCCUCCUCCUCCGCACCCGCCGCCGGCUGCGGGCACCCCGCCGCGCCGCCCGGCACCGCGCUCCCCCUCGCACCCACCCGCCCGCACCCACCCGCCGGCGCGGGGAACCGGGCGCCGUCCCGGGAAGGUCAACCCCGCUCUCCCCGUGCCGGGGCCGGGCGGGCGGCGGGCCGGGCUCCCCGGCAUGGUGUCGGCCACGGGGCGCCGCCGCCCGCGGGGCUGAGGAGAGGGGCGGGCGCCGGCGGGAAGGAGCCGCGGGGCGAGAAGAUGGCCGCCCCCGCGCCCCCCGCGCCGGGAGGCGGGACCUCGCCCCCCGCCGGCCCGCCGCGCCUUCGCCAGUCUGACAGCAAUGCAAGCUUUCUCCGAGCUGCCAGAGCUGGCAAUUUGGACAAAGUAGUGGAAUAUCUGAAAAGUGGAAUAGACAUUAACACUUGUAAUCAGAAUGGGCUCAAUGCUCUGCACCUGGCAGCUAAAGAAGGCCAUGUGGGACUCGUACAAGAAUUACUGGAAAGAGGUUCGGCUGUGGAUUCUGCCACUAAGAAAGGGAAUACCGCCCUACACAUUGCAUCCUUAGCAGGACAAGCUGAAGUUGUCAAAGUAUUGGUUAAGGAAGGAGCCAAUAUUAAUGCACAGUCUCAGAAUGGUUUCACUCCAUUAUACAUGGCAGCUCAAGAGAACCAUAUUGAAGUGGUCAAAUAUCUCCUGGAGAAUGGAGCCAACCAAAGCACAGCUACUGAGGAUGGUUUCACUCCCUUAGCUGUUGCUCUGCAACAAGGGCACAAUCAAGCAGUGGCUAUCCUGCUGGAAAAUGACACCAAGGGGAAAGUGAGAUUACCAGCUUUGCACAUUGCUGCCAGAAAAGAUGACACCAAAUCAGCAGCGCUCCUACUGCAGAACGACCACAAUGCUGAUGUGCAGUCCAAGAUGAUGGUGAAUAGGACGACUGAGAGUGGCUUUACACCUUUGCACAUAGCUGCACAUUAUGGAAAUGUCAAUGUGGCAACGCUUCUGCUAAACCGAGGAGCUGCAGUUGAUUUCACAGCAAGGAAUGGAAUCACCCCACUGCAUGUCGCUUCCAAAAGGGGAAACACAAACAUGGUGAAGCUCUUGUUGGAUCGUGGAGGGCAGAUCGAUGCCAAAACCAGGGAUGGACUCACACCGCUCCACUGUGCUGCAAGAAGUGGACAUGACCAAGUUGUGGAGCUGCUUCUGGAACGAGGUGCCCCGCUGCUUGCAAGGACCAAGAAUGGGCUCUCCCCACUUCACAUGGCAGCCCAGGGGGACCAUGUGGAAUGUGUCAAACAUCUCCUGCAACACAAAGCUCCUGUGGAUGAUGUCACGCUGGACUACUUGACUGCCCUGCAUGUGGCCGCACACUGUGGCCACUACCGUGUGGCCAAGCUUCUCGUGGACAAGAGAGCUAAUCCCAAUGCUCGCGCCCUGAAUGGUUUUACUCCACUGCACAUUGCCUGCAAGAAAAAUCGCAUCAAAGUCAUGGAACUCCUGGUGAAAUAUGGGGCUUCAAUCCAGGCUAUAACGGAGUCGGGCCUCACACCAAUACAUGUGGCUGCAUUUAUGGGCCACUUGAACAUAGUCCUCCUUCUGCUGCAGAACGGAGCCUCUCCCGAUGUCACUAACAUUCGUGGAGAAACUGCACUGCACAUGGCAGCACGUGCUGGGCAGGUGGAAGUAGUUCGUUGUCUCCUGAGAAAUGGGGCCCUAGUUGAUGCCAGAGCCAGGGAAGAACAGACUCCGCUGCACAUUGCCUCUCGCUUGGGCAAAACAGAGAUUGUCCAGCUUCUGCUACAGCACAUGGCCCACCCUGAUGCUGCAACAACUAAUGGGUACACUCCACUGCACAUCUCUGCCAGAGAGGGACAAGUUGAUGUUGCUUCGGUUCUCCUAGAGGCAGGUGCCUCACACUCCAUGUCCACCAAAAAGGGAUUCACACCUUUGCACGUGGCAGCCAAAUAUGGGAGCCUGGAAGUGGCAAAGCUCCUCCUGCAGCGUCGUGCUUCUCCUGAUUCAGCUGGCAAGAACGGCCUCACGCCCCUGCACGUGGCGGCCCAUUACGACAACCAGAAGGUGGCACUGCUGCUGCUGGAGAAGGGCGCAUCGCCCCACGCAACCGCCAAGAAUGGAUACACCCCUCUACACAUUGCUGCCAAGAAAAAUCAGAUGCAGAUAGCUACCACACUGUUGAACUACGGGGCUGAGACCAACAUUUUGACCAAACAGGGAGUGACACCACUUCAUUUAGCCUCCCAAGAAGGUCACACAGACAUGGUGACAUUGCUUUUGGAGAAAGGAGCCAAUAUCCACGUGGCAACAAAGACUGGACUGACGUCCCUACACCUUGCAGCUCAAGAAGAUAAAGUAAACGUAGCUGAAAUACUCACAAAGCAUGGUGCAAACCAAGAUGCUCAGACAAAGCUUGGUUAUACACCUUUAAUUGUGGCAUGUCACUAUGGAAACAUCAAAAUGGUGAAUUUUCUUCUCAAGCAGGGAGCAAAUGUCAAUGCUAAAACAAAGAAUGGGUACACUCCUCUCCACCAAGCUGCUCAACAAGGUCACACUCACAUCAUUAAUGUCCUUCUCCAACAUGGAGCUAAGCCCAAUGCCAUCACCACCAAUGGUAACACUGCCUUAGCUAUUGCUAGGCGUCUGGGAUAUAUCUCAGUGGUCGAUACGCUGAAGGUUGUAACGGAGGAGAUUACUACCACCACAACUACUGUAACAGAGAAGCACAAGCUAAAUGUACCCGAAACAAUGACUGAGGUCCUGGAUGUUUCAGAUGAAGAAGCCUUUAAACAUUCUGAUGAUGAACGCUUCAGUGAUGGGGAAGUAUAUAAUGGCACGAGUGUCAUUAGCAGAAAUUCGUGGAGUGAUGAUACAAUGACAGGAGAUGGAGGAGAGUACCUAAGGCCAGAAGACCUCAAAGAAUUAGGAGAUGACUCUUUACCAAGCAGCCAGUUCUUAGAUGGUAUGAACUACCUGAGGUACAGCUUGGAAGGAGGGCGGUCUGACAGCACCAUGCCCAGCCUGCGAUCCUUCAGUUCAGACAGGUCUCACACUCUGAGUCAUGCCUCCUACCUGAGGGACAGUGCCAUGAUUGACGACACUGUUGUAAUCCCUAGCCAGCAGGUAACUACUCUGGCGAAAGAAGCAGAAAGGAAUUCAUAUCGCUUAAGCUGGGGGCCUGAAAACUUGGACAAUGUGGCUCUUUCUUCCAGCCCUAUUCAUUCAGGCUGUCUGUCUGCCAAAAAGGAGACUGGAUCCUUACUAACAAGAUGCUCUUCUCCAUGUCUUGAUCAUGACAACAGCAGCUUCCUAGUUAGUUUCAUGGUGGAUGCUCGUGGAGGUGCCAUGAGAGGCUGCAGACAUAAUGGACUGCGAAUUAUCAUCCCUCCACGGAAAUGCACUGCUCCAACACGAGUGACUUGCCGCUUGGUGAAACGUCACAGGCUGGCCACCAUGCCUCCCAUGGUGGAAGGGGAAGGCCUGGCCAGCCGUCUGAUCGAAGUGGGACCAUCUGGGGCCCAGUUUCUUGGUAAACUUCAUCUGCCUACGGCUCCUCCCCCACUUAAUGAGGGAGAAAGCUUGGUCAGCCGAAUCCUUCAGCUGGGGCCUCCUGGGACCAAAUUCCUUGGGCCUGUGAUAGUGGAGAUUCCCCAUUUUGCUGCUCUGCGUGGGAAAGAGAGAGAGCUGGUGAUCCUGCGCAGUGAGAACGGGGACAGCUGGAAGGAACAUUUCUGUGAAUACACUGAGGAUGAACUGAAUGAAAUUUUGAAUGGGAUGGAUGAAGUACUUGACACACCAGAAGAGCUUGAGAAGAAACGUAUCUGCCGCAUCAUCACUCGUGACUUCCCUCAGUACUUUGCAGUGGUGUCCCGAAUCAAACAGGACAGCAACCUCAUUGGACCUGAGGGAGGUGUGCUGAGCAGCACUGUUGUACCCCAAGUGCAGGCAGUCUUCCCAGAAGGGGCUUUAACCAAACGAAUUCGUGUUGGCCUCCAGGCUCAACCUAUGCAUACUGAGCUUAUAAAGAAGAUCUUGGGCAACAAGGCUACCUUCAGUCCUAUAGUCACUCUGGAGCCCAGGAGGAGGAAGUUCCAUAAACCCAUCACAAUGACAAUUCCAGUCCCCAAGGCCUCCAGUGAUGGGAUCAUGAAUGGUUAUGGAGGUGACACACCCACUUUAAGGUUACUAUGCAGUAUAACAGGAGGAACCACCCCUGCCCAGUGGGAAGACAUCACUGGAACAACACCGCUGACAUUUGUUAAUGAAUGUGUUUCCUUCACAACAAAUGUGUCUGCCAGAUUUUGGUUAAUUGACUGCCGACAAACACAAGAAUCUGUUACUUUUGCUUCUCAAGUGUAUAGAGAGAUUAUCUGUGUCCCCUACAUGGCCAAAUUUGUGGUGUUUGCCAAAUCACAUGAUCCCAUUGAAGCACGGCUAAGAUGUUUUUGCAUGACAGACGACAAGGUGGAUAAAACUCUAGAACAACAAGAAAAUUUUGCUGAAGUUGCCAGAAGCCGGGAUGUUGAGGUAUUAGAAGGAAAACCCAUCUAUGUUGACUGUUUUGGCAAUUUGGUACCACUGACUAAGAGUGGACAACAUCAUAUAUUCAGCUUUUUUGCCUUCAAAGAAAAUAGACUUCCUCUAUUUGUUAAGGUGCGAGAUACCACUCAAGAACCCUGUGGGCGAUUAUCAUUCAUGAAGGAGCCAAAAUCCACAAGAGGUCUUGUUCAUCAAGCCAUAUGUAAUUUAAACAUCACUUUACCUGUUUACACAAAGGAUUCAGAAUCAGAUCAAGAACAAGAAGAAGAGGUUGAGAUGACUUCAGAAAAAAAUGAUGAGACAGAAUCUACAGAAACAUCUAUCCUGAAAAGCCACCUGGUUAAUGAAGUCCCUGUACUAGCCAGUCCAGACUUACUGUCUGAAGUUUCUGAGAUGAAACAAGAUUUGAUCAAAAUGACUGCCAUCUUGACAACUGACCCUUCUGAUAAAUCAGGCUCUAUUAAAGUGAAAGAUCUUGGAAAAGCCACUGAAGAGGAGCCAGGAGAGCCUUUUGAGAUAGUUGAAAGGGUGAAAGAAGACUUAGAAAAAGUGAAUGAAAUUCUUAGAGGUGGAUCAUAUACUAGAGAAGAACGUGCUUUGCAAAAGACUCUUUCCAGACAGGAGUUUGUAGAAGAAGAGUGGGUCAUUGUCAGUGAUGAAGAAAUUGAAGAGGCCAGAAGAAAUGCUCCUGUAGAAGUCACUGAACCAAUCUGUGUAGAAGUUAGAACAGACAAAGAGACAACAGAGAUAGAAAAGAAAGACAUGACAGGAAUGGUAGAUUACCUUACUGAGGAUUUAAAUAAAUAUGUUUCUCUUCAUGAGGUACAGCCACAAGCUUUACAAGAAGACAUAGUAGAAGAGAGAUUUGAAGCUGUAGUAAUAAGCAGGGACUCUGAAAAAGAAGGACGAGAGUCUCCACCAACUGAAACACAAAGCCCACAAGAACAACAUAAGCCAGCCUUAGAAAUUAAAAAGCCAGUCAGAACAAAGUUAAAAGACAAGCACAAACAAAAGGAAGGCAAGAUGCACAGCAGUGAACAAAAACCAGGACUAGUGAAGACCAGUUCAGGUGAGCCUCCAAAUGAGGAACAUGGCUUAACACCAGGAGCUGCUCCUGAGGCUAAAGCUGUAUCACCUGUCAUAGAGGAAACUCCUAUUGGCUCAAUAAAAGAUAAGGUUAAAGCCCUUCAGAAACGAGUGGAAGAUGAACAAAAAAUACGCUCAAAACUACCUGUCAGAAUUCAAACAAGAGAAGCCACUGCUGAAAAGGCAUCUAAAAAAACAGUACCCGUCAAAAAACCAGUUGCACACAAAGUACAGCCUCCUGUUUCACCUUCUUCUAAGACAGAAAGGCUUGAAGAGACCAUGUCAGUUCGUGAGCUGAUGAAAGCCUUCCAGUCAGGUCAAGACCCAUCCAAGAAUGUUUCUGGACUGUUUGAACACAAGUCUGUCAAACAAAAGCAACAACCCCCCGAGAAGGAAACAACACGAAGAAAAACAGUUUCUUCACAAAGUGAAACAAAGCGAGUAUCAAGCCACAAGACAGACAAACAGAAGGACAAGCAGAGCACAGUUUUAAAAGCAGAGAAAGAGUCACAGCCAAAGAAAGGAAGAACGCAAGUGUCCACUGUUGAUACUAUCAAGAAAAGUGCAGGCAAAGACCAAGUAAAACAGCAGAGCAGCAAAAAAACAGCAGCUGAACGUCCCGCUCCAGUAUUUGCUGAGGAAAGUACCAAAGAUGCAGCAGUUGUAAAGGACAAGACUUCUGAUGACCAAGGCGAUACAGACUUUCAGAUCAGCCCUGACAGGAAAACCUCAACAGAUUUUUCCGAUGUCAUUAAAGAAGAACUUGAGGAUAAUGACAAAUACCAACAAUUCCGACAUCUUUCAGUGACAGAGGAAGGUGAGAUUAACUUGGAGCAAGUACUGACCAGUCCCUUCAACGUUGCUUUCCCUGCCGAGUAUGUAAAAGAUGGAUUCCUUCCUGCUCUUUCUCUGCAAAGUGCUGCUUUUGAUGGGAGCUCAGAGAGCCUUAAACAUGAAGGCGUGGCUGAUUCUCCAGGUAGCCUGCUUGAUGGAACUCCUCAGAUCAGUUCUGAGGAAAGUUACAAACACGAGGGUCUGGCAGAAACUCCAGAAACAAGCCCUGAAAGCCUGUCUUUCUCACCAAAGAAAACUGAUGGGCAAAUUGAAGAAGCAGAAGGAACAGCUAGAGUACACACAACAGCAGAAACAUGUUCUCCGAAGGAACUCUCACCAAAGGAGAAGGAAAAAGAUCAACAGGAUGAUCGGGAACGGACUGAGGAAAGACUGGCCCACAUUGCUGAUCACCUUGGAUUCAGUUGGACAGAGUUAGCAAGAGAACUGGAUUUCACGGAAGAGCAAAUUCACCAAAUCAGGAUUGAAAAUCCUAAUUCACUUCAAGACCAGAGCCAUGCACUCCUCAAAUACUGGCUUGAAAGGGAUGGGAAACACGCAACAGAUACAAGUCUUACUCAGUGUCUUACAAAAAUCAAUCGAAUGGAUAUUGUUCACCUAAUGGAGACCAGUGGCAUUGACUCUAUGCAGGUCCACACUACUCGCACAUAUGCAGAAAUUGAACAAACAAUAGGAUUGGACCAUAGUGAAGGGUUUUCUGUACUGCAAGAAGAACUGUACAGUUCAAGACUCAAACCAGAAGAACGCCACAGAAUAUCCAAAGACAGCGACCCAACAGAACAUCCUCCCAUUGUUUCUGAGGAAGAUGUAUCUGUCAGUUAUUCUCCUUUUCAGGACAGUACCCCUAGGAGUGAGGGAGAGCUAUCAAUGGCUGAGCUCCUAAGGCAAACACACAAGGAACAAGUGGAAGCUGAACUCUCAGGGAAACCCCAAGAUGUGGUAGAAACAACAUUUUCACAACGUGAACAUUUUGUCACAACUCCAGGAGCAAGUGAUCCAUCUGCACACUUCAGUGCAACAAAGGAAGAGAGAGAAGAAACAUCCCCACAACGCCCAUCAUCUGCUCAGAGAGGUGGUUCUCCCAUCAUCCAAGAGCCUGAAGAGCUCCAUCUCCAUCAGGAUGACCUCUCUCCAAGGAGAACUAGUCUAGUGAUAGUGGAGUCAACUGAUGAACAACCAGAAAAGCUUGGAAGCGGCUAUGAGGAGGAAUCUUUAGAAAAGGAGUUAGCAGAGGAGUUAGGUGAGCUGGAAACCAGCUCGGAUGAGGACGAGAUGGUAACUACCAGAGUCAUUCGUCGCCGGGUGAUUAUCCAGGCCGAUAGUAUGCCUGAAAUGCCACCAGAAACAGUCACAGAAGAACAGUACACAGAUGAAUAUGGCCACACAGUGGUAAAGAAGGUCACUAGAAAGAUCAUCCGGCGGUAUGUUUCUCCAGAUGGCACAGAAAAAGAAGACAUCAUUAUGCAAGGAACACCACAACAACCUGUCACAGUUGAAGAAGGAGAUGGCUAUUCCAAAGUUGUAAAACGAGUUGUGCUGAAGAGUGACAGUGAACAGACAGAGGUGACUUUGUCUGAACCUGGUGUUUUGCCCAGUGCCUCCAAUUUCCAGUCUGAGCCAGUGGAAGGCCGCAAGGUCAGCAAAGUCAUAAAGACUACGGUAGUGCAAGGAGAGAGAAUGGAGAAACACCUGGGGGAUGCCAGCUUAGCUACUGAUCUUCCAUCGGCCAAAGAGGACUUUGAAGAGGCUUUGAGCUAUACAGGCAACCAAAUUAAAAUCCAGCUCCCUGCAUUAGUAGAGAAGGAAAUCAUGAAAGAGGAUGGAUCAGUUAUUAAAAGGACAACACUAAGUAAAGCCAGCACACAGAAGAGGACUGUGAUGAAGGAUCGGUACGGAAAACAUGUUCACAUAGAAGAGCUGGAUGACACACCAGAAGCACUACCACAAGAUGACCUCCAGCAUGACCUUCAGCAGCUUCUUAGACACUUCUGCAAAGAGGACUGGAAACAGGAUGCAAAUAAGAAGCUGCUUCCCUCAACAACAACAGCGUGUCCAUAGUAUGCAGCAUUCAUCUUUUAUAGGUGUAGACAUUACGACCUACAUAAUCACUGGAAGACACUGCCAUUUCUACUUGUGCAGAUGCAGUGAAUUCAUUUGUUCCCCCUGUAUUUGAUUUUGGGUUUUUUGUUAAUUUUUACCCUAAUUUGUGACCAAAGAUAGCAUCCUUCAUUUGGGAUGAUUUAUCCACCAAUUGUCGUCUUUGUGCUGUACUGGGACCUUGUCAGCAUUGCCACUUUCUGCCGCCGGUCCUUUGCUUCUGCACUAGCUUCACGAAACUGCAUUAGUCAAACCAACUUCAUCUACAGGCCUCUUCAAGUGACUAUGUACAGGCAUCAUGAAAAAAGGGAGUUAACAUGUAAACUGUAUAUAGCAAGAGUAUUUGGACUUAUGAGACUGCAGAAAACACACUGCCUAUGAAUACUAUUAGUGUCAUGGAUUACAAGGUUUGUUGACACUGGUGAACAACAAAAAAAAUAACAUUAACAUGAUCAACUGCGAACACUGACUGAGGAGGAAGCACUGCACAUCUACUGCAUCCGUAAGACUUCCAGUUUAGGGAUCUAUUAUUAUAGUUAAAGGCUCUAAGAGUCAGGCUAAAAACCUGGAAAUUCAGCUGUUCUCAUGAAGUAAGAGCUGACUGUGGCCAUCGAUAUUUUAAGACCUUUGGGCAGCCACUUCAACAUUUCCAGAAAAGAAAAACAAUAAUUAAAAAUAUCCAAUUAGGUAACCAACUUGCUAGCAGCUAUAUCUAUGGCACAUUUGCAUACGGUAUUAAAAUCUUUUAGAUCUGGACAUGUGGCAGGGUGUAUUAAACAAUUAUAACUACAGUAGUUUCCUGUUUUCAUCACUGCUUUAGCAAACCACAUUGUCCUGCUGGCCACUGCACUGUAGAUAACUAUGGGAGAAAGACUUACACUAUACGAAAAGAAUAAUUAAUUCACCAUGUUUUAAUCAAGAUUGCCUCUUAUCCGAUACAUGCAUGUGGCAUUUGAAGGUCAAAACCAAACUCUCCUGUAAUUGUGUCAACCUACUAUAGCCCUCUAAGCCCUGAGCGAGCAGUUUUUAUCUCCCAAUCGAGUGUUUUUUAAAGAGAAAGUGCUCACUAUCCUUGAAAGCCAGUUUCUGUUCACAUUUUGUUACCUACCUAUAUAUGAUAUAUAUUUCUAAAUCAACCCUCUGAAAAAUCAUGAUAGCACGUAUGCACUCCUACUGUAAAAAAGGGAACAUAAAGAUCUGACAUGUUGGGUAUUCUAUACCUUAAUAUUUAGAGGUGAGCACUCUGCAGCAUUUUAGCAUAUACAACACAUGCAAACACACUAAAGGUUUUUAAACAGCUGUCUGAUUUGUUUUUUUAAUAGCGUACUCAAGAACAGAUUAAAAACAAAUCCCCUCCUUUAAGAGUAAUGCUUUUUCCAAGCAUACCCAGCCUCCUAUGAUUAUAGUUUGGGUUUAUGACUCACUCAGCGCUCAGAACAAGGAAGGGCACGUCUCAUUAAAACAACGAUGCCAAAAUCAGGAGCACAUCUUGGGAGCUGAGGCUUCCUGCAGGCAAAGCAACCCGAGGUGCCACGCUAACACUUCUUUUUGGCAGGCAGGCAGAAAAAGAAAAGUGUUUUGGCAGCCAAAACGAAUGAGACCCUUGAUGAAACAUUUCAGGACACACCGACGGCUCUCUUAUUGUCGGAGCACAGGAUGAUCUUCAAGAACGGGGCUCUAAAGAAAUGCAUUUCUGUUGUGUUAUUUGCGGUGCAGAUGAUGUUCUGUGUAACAACAUAAUGGUUAUUCACCUCUUAUUUUAAUUUUUUUGCUGUGUUAUCAAAGAACUUGAAUACUGUGAGAAGAAGUGAAUUUUAAGUUGAUGAAUCAGCAUCUUGUUCCCAUGGUGAUAACACUAAUUGAAUAUAUCUAUGAGGGCAUGUAUUAGUUAAAAAUUAAAAAAGAUACAACACUAACAAUACAUAGCUGCAAUGUGUACAAUGGCUGAUUUAACUAAAUAAAAAUGUACAAGUGUUAAAUGUA